GCGUCAGUCGAGACGGGUUUCUCGUUUUAGAGGAUGUUUUAGGGAGAAGGUCUUGUUUUCUCUGGAAAGGAACAAAAUAACCUCUUGUUAUCAACAAGAGCACAGUUCUUAUUGUGAAAACAUGAGCUGAGCCAGGUUCCAAUUUAAAUAGUCGUUGGAAGGCUUGGGCCGUCGAGACUUCUGGGUUUUGAAGCCCGUUCUACUUCAAAGGCAAACAAAAAAUAAUUUUAAAAAGUCUUAAGAGAACACAGACUUCCGCUCUGUCUCCUCUUCUUUUAAGGACAGCAAACGGCUGAAGAGCGGCAACCAAAGAAGGCGGACCAGCUUUCUGUUACAGAGGUGCUGAGUGACAUAGGGUACGGUAUGCAACUCGGACCCUUUGGCACGGAGUUCUUGUUUCCUUGAUGGGCGGAGAUGGAAGAGGGACGGACAAAAUCGAUGGAGGCUUCCGGAAGGCUUUCAGCGUGGGACUCGCACUUGUACGGUCUCUGGAAACAUAGAAAGUAGAUGAAAGCGAGCGACUUCAACUGGAAAGAGACAUCUGUUAUUUUACUUUGAUAAAAAGAACUUGUUUGUCAAAGCAAGUUCUAAUCUUUUGUGGUUGUCAUGGCUUUACCUCUCAAGGUGCUUAAUCAGCAUCAUUGGCAAAAUGGCUUGUAUCCAUUGUUUAGACCUCUUGUUGGUGGUUGCAACCGAAGUCAGUAUAGCAGCUAUAGAAGACCUGGAACUCCGCCUGACAAGAUCCCACCAUGGGCAAAGAUUAACUUUAGCUUUCAAAAGGGAAUAGAAGGGAUCAAGACCCACUUUGGACGCUUAGCAAAAGAAGCACGUGAUCAUCUGAGAGGGCCCGAGGGGCAUCCGUUAAAGGAAUAUCUGCUGGAACAAACAAGAGUGACUUGGCAGUUUCGCAGUGAAGACGAUUUGAAUAAAUGGGUAAUCUCCUCCGAUGCUGAAAUUGGAGGGAAAAGCGAAGUGUACCUAAAACUAGGUAAGAAUAACCAGUCUGCUGUGUUGUAUGGAACUCUCAAUACUCAAGUACCUCGGGAUGGAGAGACAAGAUACAGUGGAUAUUGUUCCAUGAGAUCAAAGCCACGACUUAUUUCCUUUGAUCGAAAGAAGCCUUAUGAUUGGUCAAAUUUUAAUUGCCUGCAUGUGCGUGUUCGUGGUGAUGGUAGACCCUGGAUGAUAAACAUCUAUACAGACCCAUACUUCUCUCAUCACAAGGAUGAUCUCUAUAAUUACUUCAUGUUUACCCGAGGGGGUCCAUACUGGGAGGAAAUCAAGAUUCCAUUUUCUAAGUUUUUUUUGUCAAGCCGGGGCAGAAUCCAGGAUCAGCAACACGGACUCUGGGUAGACAAGAUCAGUACUCUUGGAUUCACUUUAGGUGACCAAGUAGAUGGCCCAUUCCAGCUGGAGAUUGACUACAUUGGAUUGGCCAAAGACAGAGCACAUAGAGAAGAAUGUGCCUAUGAGCAAUAUGAAAAAAAUCCUAAGAAGAAGAAGACUGGGGGGCUAUUCAUCUACAGUACUCAAGCUUGCAUCCCUUCUGCAGGAAGUGAAUAUUAGCACUGCUGUACUACACUGGGGUCUGUAUCCAGAAAUCUAACCUGACAAAAUAGAUUAGUGUGAGCAAAAGCAGUCAUCAGGAAAAUUCAGUUUUUAAAAAUGAUUUAGGAUCACCACAACAGAGUUAGCCCAGUGUAAGACAUGAAACUAAUGAUUGAGUUAGUUUUAGGCCCCUUUAUUAUUAGCUUACUGAGUACAUCUGCUUUAUCUGUCUCUGUUGUAAGCAGAGACUCAUGCUGUGUCAAAUAAAUACCUUCCUUUAUCUGAAAGCUUUAGAAUGUAACUCUUUCUUUAAAGAUCACUCCAGCAAACUUCAGAGGA